AUGUCCAUCUUCACGCAUCCCAAGUCCUUUCGUCUCCGCGAACUGGCCAGCGCCUCUCUCGUCGGCUUCAACCAACGGAGAGGUCUCGAUCCUCUCGACGCACAAUUCCCCAUCUUCGACGCCGUCGCAAACGCUACAAUGGGCGCCCUCGCUCACGAAUCGCAUCCCAACUUCAUCAACCUGGCCGGUUUGGUGAGCGAGGCCGUUCUGGAGGUGGUCUUUGUCGCACUGCCAGGCUACCUCGUUGCCAUUACGGGCAUGUUCGAUGCAAACAGCCAGAAGUUCCUCGCUGAGCUCAAUACCAUGAUCUUCACACCAUGUCUGAUUUUCACAAAGCUUGCCAGUCAACUGAACGCCGACAAACUCUCCGAUUUGGUUGUGAUCCCCUUCAUUUUCAUCGCUCAGACCCUGGUAUCAUUCCUGUGUGCUACCUUGAUGGCGCGAUUGUUUGGGUUUGGGAAGAAAAACAAGAAGAUGCAGAAGAACUUCGUAUUGGCCAUGGGUGUUUUUGGAAAUUCCAACUCGCUGCCAAUCUCUUUGGUGCUGAGCUUGAGCAAGACCAUUCAAGGAUUGCAUUGGGAUCAAAUACCGGGAGACAACGACGAUGAGGUUGCUGCGAGAGGCAUUCUCUAUCUUCUCAUCUUCCAGCAGCUCGGACAGCUUCUGCGAUGGACCUGGGGAUACAGUGUCCUGCUCAAGCCUGCAUCCGCAUAUGAGGAUGACGAGAGAGCUUUGGCUGCAGAAGAGUCGCGGGGAAUUGAGGAGGRACAAUACAUGGACGAUCCAGAGGAGCACAACCCUCACAAGCUGGCCGACAGUGUUCACGAUUCUGGCUUCAACUCGGUGUCUAGUACGCGAUCGAGGGAAGACUUUCAUGAGCACGAGAUCAUCCCGGCCGCACCAGGAAAUGGCAACAACAUCUCACGUGAACCACGCAACUUGAUCUACGACUCUGCCGACGACUCCUCCAGCCAACGAUCCUUGACAGCAUUCCCCAACUUCUCGCGGUCUACUACGGCUAAUCUCGUAGACGACUCCCAGCGAAAAACGGGCUGGAAGGCACCCCUCUACCAUGUCAAGAGCACCGCAGUCCGCGUGAGCAGACGCAGCGCCGCGACAAUCAGUACAUUCUUCAACAACCUCUUCCGUAGCCUUCCAAAGCCCGUGCAGAAAGUUCUCUCUGUCAUCGGCCACUACCUUUCCGUCAUUGGCCAAGGAGUCUGGCGACAAAUGAACCCACCUCUCUGGGCAAUGUUGGCUGCUCUGAUCGUCGCAUCGAUCCCCGAUCUCCAGCACCUCUUCUUCGACAAGGGCACUCUCAUCUCCAACUCCGUAACACGCGCGAUUCAACAGAGUGGCAACGUCGCCGUCCCACUCAUCUUGGUUGUGCUAGGCGCCAACCUCGCGCGCUCUACUCUUCCCCAGGAUCAACUCGCUACAUCACCGGAGGAGAAGAAGGAAGAGCGAAAACUCCUCUACGCUUCGCUUCUCUCCCGUAUGGUAUUGCCCGUUAUCAUCAUGGCUCCUGUUCUGGCUUUGACGGCCAAGUUCAUCCCCGUCAGCAUUCUCGACGAUCCGAUUUUCAUCAUCGUAUGCUUCUUGUUGACGGGCGCACCUUCAGCACUGCAGCUCGCACAGAUCUGUCAGAUCAACGGCGUGUUUAUGGGAGCUAUGAGUAGUUUACUGGUGGCGAGCUAUGUCGUGGUUAUUUUCCCGAGUACCUUGCUGUUGGUGCUCAUGGCUCUGGAGGUGUUGGAGUGGGCUGUCAUAUGA